UCUUAUAUAAAAUAUUGGCCCAUAAUUUAAUUCAAGUAUAGUAUUUGUAUAUACGAGCAUUCCUGUAGCGCAAGUUGUAAAAUGUAUAUUCUUACAUGGAUAAUUUUAUGAAUGUCACUAUAUAAAUAAUUGCACAAGUCAACAGAUGGGAGAUCAAGGGUAGUAGCUCCUCUUCCCGGCAGCUGCCAAAAAUGCUAAACAAGUGUGAAUAUAUUUAAAUUAUUAAACCUUUGGAUACCAAGGGCUACUCUCAUUUUUCCAAAACCACUUUCAACACUCCUUCGAUUGGAACUCAUCUCUCACCUGCCCACCCCUUCCCCCUAAAAGACAUUGCUGAGUCCUCCCUGGCGAAUGUUCCAGUGACAGACGUAAAUCAUAAUAGGCCUAAUUUGAUAAGCUAUAGUUCUAUUCAGAAGGAAAAUGGAACAGGAGGUUAAAGAAGAAGAAAAUACGUUGGAAUCAGGAUUAAAAGAAUGCAUUGACAACAUCAUGGCGGAGAGUGAGACGACGGAAGCAGUGGUGGCGUUGCAUGAAAGAUUUAGGAUGCUUAAUAUGAUGUUCAAUGAUUGCCUUGACUACUACAGAAAUCGAAAAGAGCGUCAACAACAGCAGCAUUCUGAGAACGAAAUCCAGCGAUUAUCCGAACUAGCAACGCAAAUUUCUAUAAUUGUUGUUAUAGUUUGCUGGUUGUUACAGAUAUUACAAGUGUUUUUUAUCACGUGCUGAUCUCCCAGAGAUCCCGUCAGUGUAUGAUUAGUUAUGAUUAAUUUUUGAGUGACGCGUUUAAAUAGGCCUAAAAUGUUGAUGUCACGUUUCUGACAUUUAUACCUUUAUCAUUGGUCUUGGCGAUCUUCUGUAUAAUAUGAUUAUCAAUAUGAUUAUUUAUUUUAUAUUAUUAUUAUUAUUAUUAUAAUUAUUAUUAUUAUUAUUAUUAUUAUUAUUAUCAUCAUCAUCAUCAUUAAUGA